CUCUCUCUCUCUCUCUCUCUCUCUCUCCAGUCAGAAGUGCGUAUUAACAUUUAACGUGUGUAUGUGUGUAUCUUGAUAAGAGCAGAUGAAGACAGCCCCGUACAUGACAGUAAUUCUUAGCUACAGGAAAACGGCGUGGGAAAAAAAGAAAAAAAAAUCCUUCAUUGUUGUUGGCGUUCUGUGGCAACAACCAAGACUCCACCGCCAUGUCGUGCUGCUGCUUACAAGUUCACCAGAUUACUUCCUUCCUCCCUGUCACUCUUACUUUCCUUAUAUUUUGCUUCUUCCCUGCCACUUACUUCCACCAGCUGGCUACCAUCACCGCCAUCCUGCCUCCCGCCUUCUGUCGCGCCUCAGCUUCACCACGCCUCCCGCGCCAGUUGACCUCAUUUGUCUGCAUGAACCAAGUGGUGCCUGCAGGUCCAUUCUCACCACCACCACCAUCUCCACCGACACCACCGACACCACCAGCAUGCCGGCCAAGCGCGUGCCCACCAGCGACACCACGGAGGCCCUCACGGCGGAGCUGGAGCCCAUGACUCCCAAGGAGGAGAGGCCACCUGGGGAGGUGGGCGAGGAUGAAACGCAAAAGACACAACUCAAGAAGGAACUCGGCUUGCUGGAGGACGUGGCCAUCAUCCUUGGCAUCAUUGUGGGCUCAGGCAUCUUCAUCUCGCCCAAGGGAGUGCUGAGGGAGACAGGCAGCGUGGGCAUGUCGCUGGUGGUGUGGGUGAUGUGUGGCCUCAUGUCGCUGGUGAGCGCGCUAUGCUAUGCAGAGCUGGGCACAUCCAUACCAAAAUCAGGCGGAGACUAUGCGUACAUUAAUGCUGGCUUUGGCUCCCUCCCUGCCUUCCUUUUCCUCUGGGCUGCCAACCUCAUCUUUGUGCCCACCACCAAUGCCAUCAUGGCGCUGGCCUUUGCCAAGUAUGUGAUUCAACCGUUCUUCCCCAACUGUGACCUGCCAGACGAUGCUGUGCGGCUCAUUGCAGCACUGUCCAUAUCACUGAAUUGCUGGAAUGUACGAGUCACCACCAAGCUGCAGGAUUUCUUCAUGGUGACCAAGAUUGGUGCAUUGCUCAUUGUCAUCAUUGCUGGCAUCGUCCACCUUUGCAUGGGCAACACUGGAAACUUCCACAACUCCUUCCAGGGCACCAGCACUGAGCCAGGCGAGAUAGCUGUCUCCUUCUACUCAGGCAUAUUUUCCUAUGCUGGAUGGAACUACCUCAACUUCAUGACGGAGGAGCUGAAGAACCCAUUUGUUAACCUGCCCCGGGCCAUCUACAUCUCCCUGCCACUGGUGACGCUGGUCUACGUGAUGGCCAGUGUUGCCUGCCUGGCUGUGCUCUCCCCUUGACAUGCUGGCCUCUGAUGCCAUUGCUGUUACCUUUGCUGACCGUCUAAUGGGCAGCGGCAGCUGGGUGAUGCCCUUGCUGGUGGCCCUCUCAGCCUUUGGUGGUCUCUCAGUGCACAUCAUGACUUCCUCCAGGUUGUGCUUUGUGGGUGCAAGACAAGGCCACUUCCCAGACAACCUUGCUCUCAUCAACUGCAAAUGCAACACUCCAAUGUCUUCUCUCAUCUUCCUGGGCCUGUUGUCACUGGUCUACCUCUCCACCAUGGACAUCUACCGCCUCAUUGACUACGCCAGCUUUGUAGAGAGUUAAUUCAUCCUGUGCAGUAUCGCCAUUCUGUUGUACAUGUGCUGGAAAUACCCUGACAUGGAGCGGCCCAUCAAGACCAACUCACUGUUUGGACACAGUUGCUCUUCGUAUCUGUGAAAACUGAGUGAGGAGUGACUGACUGCACCUCCUCUACCAUUACUACCAUCACUGCUGCUGCUACUGCUGCUGCUGCUGCUGCUGCUGCCCUACCACAGCUGCCAAGAAAUGCACUUGUGUGUGUGUGUGUGUGUGUGUGUGUGUGUGUGUGUGUCAUCAUAUCAUACAGCCUUCACAUAUUUUAUCCACUUGGUUAUGGUUCUGUGCAUCAUGGCAAAUCACACUGCUGGUAGACAAUGGAUAUCUGAAAUGUUCCCUACUUUAAUCCCCUCUGAACUGCUGUUACUGCUGCUGCUGCUGGAUCCUUGGUGAUCUGUUUGUAUUUUUGCUCAAGUGGCUUGUGUGUGUGUGUGUGUACUGAUGGACCUUGGGAGGGCAGCUGGAUGGUGUGAACUGUUGUCAGUGAUGACAACAUGCACACACACAUGUGGCAAAAGCAACACAGCAGCAGAUUUGUCAGCCUGGAUAUGCUCUUUGUAAUCUGUGAUACUUUUCAGAAGGGGAAUAUUGAAGGUUUUAUACAUUAUUUAUUAGUUAUUGUAUUUUGGUCAUAGGCUGAUUUUGCACCACUUUAGCUGAUAAUUUGAAAUUGGUUCUGAACCCAAGAAAUACUUGAAGGUGCAAUUUUCAGAUAAAUUAAAUAGUAUUCCAAUUGUACAUAGAGAUAACAGAAAGUAAGUGAGAGUAUUACAUAACUGUUUUUGGUAUUUUGAUUUUUAGGUUUUCACCAAGAGGGUUGUUAGUCCUGGUCUUUGCUUACUGCCUGUCUGGACCUCACAGUGGUGAUGGGAAGCCUCAAGCGUGUGACUGUCUGGCAGCUGUGUGGGCCAUUCUGGAUGAGUAUGUGCUGGAUGGAUGUUAACUGGCACCACAUGAGCUUAUUUGUUGGCAGAUCCAGAUGUUGGGAGUACCACAGUUGCUGAGACAAUGAGGCAGUCCUGUUAGGGAAGUUUAGUGACUGAACACUGAAGGUUGACCAAACUCCUCUUGGGCUACAGCUAUCAUUGUACUCAUAGCUCAAUGGGUAAAGAGUUGUGUACCUUGAAUGUUUUGAUGGGAAUCCUAGUGCUAUUCCCCUUAUGCCUUGCUCAGCAGGUGUCUGUGAGACCUGUGGAUGGUGGUGUUAUCACAGUCAAAAAUGUUUUAUUGUCCCACACUUUUUCCCAUUGUCUUCAACAUUUUCCCUUAGUAUCAAGUCCAAUAAUCCACAGACUCUCCUCACAAAUAUAACAGGUGACAGAUGCUAAGGAGGUGACAGGACUUCAGAUUGAGGGAAAUGCUAAACACUGGGAGUGAGUGUGGCAAAUUACAUGACCUCUGACCAGACUAGACCAACAGGAUAAAUGAACAUGGCCUAACUCCAGGCUGUGCUGUGUUGAGGCAGUCCUGGGGUGAGGUGACAGCUGGUGUGACACUCAUAGUCACUGGAGCAGCCAAGAAGCCUCACGACAAUUAUAAAUUGAUUAGCUUUGGCACAAGCCUUUGUUAUCAGCUAGGCUUGCCUCCUUCACAAUGCUCCUGUCUUCCCCUCUGGUGGUCAGCCACUGCCUGCACCUCUGCCUUGUAGGGAAUUUACCUCCUGCUCAUGAGUGACACGAUGAAGAAAAGGAAAUAAAUGUACAUCUUUUCAUCUCUGCAUGGGACAAAUGAGGGCUGUGUGUGUGUAUUUCAUAAUUUAUCUUAUUUUUUUUCUGGGCAUUUAUGGUGCUGAAAGACAAGAAAAUUCAUGCAUACAUUAUGAUCACUCAUUAUUAAUCUUUUUAUUUUAUUAUCCUUUUCAUUAUCAUCAAGACCGUGCUGGGCUUAAAUUAAUGUGUGUGUGUGUGUAAUUAUAGAUAUGUAGUUGUAUUCAUGUCCGGUGGCAAAUCAGAUAUAUUUUGCUUAUUGGUGAGAGAGAGAGAGAGAGAGAGAGUAGUUUUGGCCCAACAGUGAGUAAUGAUGAUGUGUAAAGCAUAUUCUUCUAGGAGCAAAUGAGGCAAUGUGUCCGCCAGGCAUCAACAUGUCACUUCAUUGUUACCAUGUUUUUAAGCAUGAAAUAAAUGUGCCUUUUUUACA